AUGCCCCCAAUUAAGCUCAGCUGGUUUGGCUCUCGGAAUUGCUCUCUGCCCUUCCCUCUACAAACGUCCUCUCUUCUGUCUAAGGAAGAAGACAUGAGAACAAAUGGACACUUUAUUUGAGGUUAUAUUGAUGACAAGGUCGUACCAUUUUUACUAUUUGGGAUAAGUACUGGUUAGUUAGAUGCAGAAGCAAAUCUUAUAGUUUUUACGUAUGACUUGUUCAUAUUAGUAGGAAAAAGGUUUCUUGCUUAAUGGCCAUAAACUCGUGAAUUGUGUUUGAGAUGUCACGUGAUCUUAAAAAUGGGUUAGCUGACUUAGCUGAGAAUAUUGUAUAGGUUGUUUUGUGUUUGAAUCGAAUGUUUAUACCUUUGAGAUCUUAGAGGCUUAGAGGGGAAGUCCGAGGUUAGGCAUGUAAUGGAUCAUCUAGGUUCUAGGGAAAAUGAUCUGGAUUUUGACUUGGAAAGUGGUGAGACUGAAAGCACCAGUGAAGAAGAUGGAAAUGAAGGGUCGGGUUCAGAUGGUAAAUGUUCCAGGAAAACAAUGGCUAGGGCAAGGAGUGGGUACUUGUAUGUUGAUGGAUCAAUAGCAGCUAGUGAUGGGCUAAGUGCAGGCAAUAAUGUAUCAAGUAUUGGUCAGAAUAUGGAUAUGUUAGCUAGUAGUAUGGGGCAAAUGGCAGUAGGAAGAAUGGAGAAGAGGACAGUUGAGAAACAGAAAAAGAUCCCUAAAAAGCAUCCCAAGCCACCUCGGCCUCCUACAGGUCCAUCAUUACAUGCCGCCAACAUAGAGUUCGUCAAAGAAAUUUCAAAGCGUUCAAGGUUGCGGCGUGCAAGGAGAGAAAGGAUGAAUGCAUUAAAGAAAAUGAAAUCUGAUAAAACAUCAUCGUUGAAGAUAAACUUCUUGGCAAUGAUCGUCACCACUAUCUUCUGCUUUGUGAUAAUCUUCAACGGAAUCUUGGGUGCUCAUGCAUGAUUUUAAGUGUUCGUAAAUCCCACAGUUUUUAAUUAGAAACCCUGAAACUCAUGGGCUGGCUAUGUGUUUCCCAGUUUGGCCGCCGAAUGCCAUGGGGAUUGAUUAUUGAACCUUAUUUUGAGUUUUGACAAUCCCGAUUUGGGGAAGCAGUGCUGUUAAAGGACUUUGUGGGUAAAGCAAGGCAGCCAUCAAUGGGGUCAAUUAGGCACCACAGGGAGAUGAAAGCAUCAUGCCCUUAUAUAUAUAUAUAUGUAUAUAUAUAUAUAUAUAUGUUGAUCAAGUGAGUGAAUUGCAUAAUCCACUAAUCUCCUCAGCAUCCCUUCCCAAAAUGCAUUUCCACAUCCAUACCUCCCUCUUCUCAAUCUCUUGAUAUCUGCUCUUUCUCUAGAGACUAAGGUGUUUUAAUACUUCACCAUGGAAGAUACCCUGGCGGAGUUGGUGGAGAGUAAGGACGAAAGACAAACGUAUUCGUUGUGGGCCAUCCCAUCGGAUGACGUGUCUUGCAGGGUCAAGAAGCUGAUGGAAGGCCUUCGGGCUGAGUUUGGUGGACCCGUGAUCGAGCCCCACAUUACACUUACGGGGUCCAUCCGUCUGUCGCCUGAUGACGUGAUCAACAAGUUUGAAGCCUUAGAGGAUCCUAUCCAAGGGUACGUUCCUAAAGUUGAAGCUGUGGUUACCAGGAGGUCCUAUUACCAGUGUGUUUGCAUCCUUUUUCAGCGACCCUAUUUCGAGAAGGUCCUAUCUAUUGUCCACUUUUUGUUCUUUCCUUCAUUUUAUUUUAUUUAGUUUGUUUUGUUCAUAUUUUAUUUUUAGAGUAGAAAAUAAAAAUACUCCCCUCAUUCUAUUAUUCAGAAUAGUACCAACACAUUUAUUGCAUAUUUUCUCGGAUGUAUGAUAUAUUACUUUACUA